CGACGGCGGGGAGCACCCCCGAGGCAGCCAUUUCCAACUAGCUGGCGGGGGCGAAAGAUGGCGACGCCCCUCGGGUGGUCGAAGGCGGGGUCAGGAUCUGUGUGUCUCGCCUUCGAUCAACUGCGGGACGUGAUUGAGUCUCAGGAGGAACUGAUCCACCAGCUGAGGAAUGUGAUGGUUCUCCAGGACGAAAAUUUUGUCAGUAAAGAAGAGUUCCAGGCAGUGGAGAAGAAGCUGGUGGAAGAGAAAGCUGCCCAUGCCAAGACCAAGGUCCUCCUGGCCAAGGAAGAGGAGAAGUUACAGUUUGCCCUCGGAGAGGUAGAGGUGCUGUCCAAACAGCUAGAGAAAGAGAAGCUGGCCUUUGAAAAAGCGCUCUCCAGUGUCAAAAGCAAAGUCCUACAGGAGUCCAGCAAGAAGGACCAGCUCAUCACCAAAUGCAAUGAGAUUGAGUCUCACAUUAUAAAGCAAGAAGAUAUACUUAAUGGCAAAGAGAAUGAGAUUAAAGAGUUGCAGCAAGUUAUCAGCCAGCAGAAACAGAUCUUCAGGAAUCACAUGUCUGACUUCCGGAUCCAGAAGCAGCAGGAGAGCUACAUGGCCCAGGUGCUGGACCAGAAGCAUAAGAAAGCCUCAGGGACGCGUCAGGCCCACAGCCACCAGCAUCCCAGGGAAAAAUAAAAUGGCCGCCACUUUCCUGUUCUCUGGCUGUAA